GUGAGUACUGAGUAUGUGACUGCGUGUGUGGGUGAGGGGUGGGGGAGCCCCUCCCCACUCCUCACUUCUGGUGGCACUGGUGCUCUUUGGUAGAUCAAAAGCUUGGGUUUGAAAAGGAGGAACAUAAAUGGUAGUCAAACUAUGGUGUAGAACCUCCCUGAUCUCUUCCACAGCCUGUAUAGCCCUUUCUUCCCAUUCGAAUCCUUCCUUCUUCAACCUUCCGACUCCUCAACUGCGCUCCAGAGCUCAAGGUCUGAUUUUGGUGAAUCACACCUGCGGUUUUCUCGGUUCAGGUAGGUUGGGUCAAGUUAGAACCGAGGGUUAUUUGAAUAGGCGGCGUUCAUCCAUGAUGAGUUCACCCCCGUCGGCGGCUUCCUCGCCGGAUAAACAGGCGGAGCAAGUGGACAGGCUUCUUUCCGGUAAGAAUGACGAUCAUGGAGGCGUGAUUGUUGAGCUGACCAAUGAGCCCGUGGAUCCUUCACUCUUCGCCACUCUGCUUAAGGCGUCAAUUUCUCAAUGGAGACAACAGGGAAAGAGAGGUGUGUGGAUUAAGUUGCCCAUUGAGCUAGCUAACCUUGUUGAACCAGCAAUAAAGGAGGGAUUCUAUUAUCACCAUGCUGAACCUAAGUAUUUGAUGCUUGUAUGUUGGCUUCCAGCAACUACAAACACUCUUCCAGCAAAUGCAACCCACAGGGUUGGAAUUGGUGCUUUUGUCAUGAAUGCAAAGAAUGAGGUACUGGUUGUCCAAGAAAAGAGUGGGCGAUUCCGUGGAACUGGAGUUUGGAAAUUCCCGACAGGAGUUGUUGAUGAGGGUGAAGAUAUAUGUGAUGCAGCUGUCAGAGAAGUAAAAGAGGAGACGGGGAUUGAUGCAACCUUUGUGGAGAUACUAGCUUUUAGACAAAGCCACAAGUCAUUUUUUGAGAAGUCAGAUCUAUUCUUCGUGUGCAUGCUGCAACCCUCAUCCUUUGACAUUCAAAUUCAGGAACAAGAGAUAGAAGCCGCCCAGUGGAUGCCGUAUGAAGAAUAUGUGUCUCAGCCAUUUAUCCAACAGCACGAGAUGCUCAAGCAAAUUGCGGCUGUAUGUUCAGCAAAGAUACUGGGUAAGUAUUCUGGGUUCUCACCUGUGGAGACGGUGACCGGCUUUUCUGAGAAGAAAAGCUACUUGUACUUGAACAAGAACGCUAAUGGUGAUGAAUCUUCAUAAGAGUUUCCAGCUUGAUUAUCAUUUUUUUCAAAUGAUUUUUUUUUUGGCACAAAGAAUCAUGCAAAUACCAUUAAGCUUUUGAUAUAUAUAUAGACGUUAUAUGGGGGGGGGGGUCUGAGGUGGAUAAGAAUCAUCAGUUUUGCAACGGGUGCCAUCGAAUGACAGUAUCAUUUG